AUGAACAAUGUAUCUGGAAAAAUAUGGGCUUUCAUUGAUGAGGAGUAUGAAGUCACAGUGUUAAUGGACACUGACCAGCAACUUACUUUGAAAUUAUUCAAUUGGAAUACUGAUUUUGAUAUGAUAGUCACUUUAGUUUAUGCUAAGUGUGACAAAAGUGAGAGAAUUGAACUGUGGGAUUCCAUGUAUAAUCUUGCAUCAGACAUGACUCUUCUUUGGCUGGUUGGUGGAGAUUUCAAUGUCAUUGUAGAGGAGGAGGAGAAAUAUGGUGGCUUACCUGUAACUUUGAAUGAAGUAGAGGACUUCAGACAUUGUAUUCAGUCCUGUAAUCUUAGUGACUUGGGUUAUAAAGGAAGCAUUUUCACCAGGUGGAAUGGAAGGGCUGCAGAUGAAUAUGUGUUCAAGAGGCUAGAUAGAUGCCUUGGAAAUUUUGAACUGCAACAGCAAGUUCCAAGUCUGGAUGUUAGUCACUUAAUCAAGUUGGGGUCUGAUCACUCUCCACUUCUAGUAGAAUGUAAACAGGAGCUUGUGAAGGACAAUUGGCAGACAGAUGUGGUGGUCAAUUCUUUCAUGACCUUUAAUGUCAAGCUUAAGAAGCUGAAGAAGGUGUUGUCUCGGUGGAGUAAAAUAACAUAUGGUGAUUUCUUCCAGAAUAUCACUAAUCUUGAAGAAGUCAUCAAAGCUCAUGAGGCAUUGUUUGAGGCAGAUCCUUCAAAUGCCAAUAGGGAGAAGCUUCAAAAAGUGCAAGCUGAGAUGACAAGAGCAUUUCAUAUAGAGGAGGAAUAUUGGAAACAGAAAUCAGGCAUGACAUGGUUCCAAGAAGGAGAUAAAAAUUCUAUAUUCUUUCAUGCACAUUUAAAGGAAGGAGGAAAAGAUGAACAUAAUGAAGAAUCGACUGCUGAUCCUACUAUGGAAGAAGUCAAGCAUGCAGUUUUUGGCUUGAAUGAUACAAGUGCUGGAGGGCCUGAUGGUUUUACAGGCAUGUUCUUUCAAUCAUGUUGGGAAAUUUUUGGAGGGGAUAUAUUCAGCAUGGUUUGGGAUUUUUUCAGAGGACAUGAACUUCCAAGGUACAUAACUCACACAAAUCUGGUGCUGUUGCCUAAGAAGCAGAAUGUGCAGACCUUUGAAUCAAGCAGAUUUUGUGAAGGUAGGAGUAUAGUAGAGAAUAUCUUGUUGACACAGGAGAUUAUUACUGAUAUUAGACUCAGAACCAAGAAAAGGAAUCAGGUUGUACCUAAUGUAGUGAUGAAACUAGACAUGACAAAAGCCUAUGAUAGGCUGUCAUGGAUAUUUCUCACAAAAGUGAUGAGGAAAAUGGGAUUUUGUGAGAUGUUCAUAAGUUUCAUAUAUGAACUAGUUGGGAAUAACUGGUAUUCUGUGCUUAUCAAUGGCCAACCACAUGGUUUCUUUCACUCAACUAGGGGUGUUAAGCAGGGUGACCCUUUGUCGCCUACAAUAUUCAUCAUAGCAGCUGAGAGUCCAAAAAUCAAUCAUCUUGCCUAUGCAGAUGAUACCAUCAUUUUCAUAUCAUCAUGUGAGAUUUCACUUGGCUUGAUCAUGAGGGUCUUGACUGAGUAUGAAGUAGCCUCAGGACAGUUGAUCAACAAAACAAAGAGUUCUGUGUACUUACAUGAUAGGGUAGAAGAUGAGAUAUUUCAAAAGGUGGAAAGGGUAACUGGUAUUUCUAAGAAGGAGUUUCCUCUGAUAUACCUUGGCUGCCGUAUAUAUUACAGCAGGAGUAAGAUGGAAUUCUACUCAGAACUGCUGGCAAAGGCAAUGCCUAUGCACAUAUUGGCAGCUGUGGAUCCACCAUCUUUUGUAAUAGACAAGCUGCACAAGAUCUUUGCUUAG